GGGAGAGGGGCCUCGUGGUGGCCUGGGAAGCUAUUUUUGAUGCGGCAGGCCCCGCCCCCGGGGAAGUGCAGAAAGCGUUGAGCUUGCAGGCACAGCCUUCCAGUAAAGGUCACCGAUGUAGGUGAUCAAACCCUCCCAUCUUAUAACUAGGAAACCUCAGGUCUGGUGGUAAAGCGGAUUGGCCCCAGGUGGCAGGAAGCAGCUUUUGCAGCCUUUCCCCCUGUGUAUGUUAAGCCCAUCAUGCUACCAGAGUCCUCACAGCGCAGGGUGAGGUGGGGGGAGCCUGUGAGCUUCCAGGCCCCCUUCCCUGUCUAUGGGACCCUAAAUUGAUUUGCGAGAAGGGGCUGCCCACCCCUUUCACUUGCUGGCCGGGAGGGAGGCUGGGGCCUACAAAGCCUGAUCUGCCCUUUUGCCCGGUCCUUAGCGAACGGGAAACGCAGCUGGUACGCCUGAUGCGACGGAACAACCUGAACCUGGAGGACGCAGAGGCUCGGAUCAGUGCUCAGCUGCCCCUGAAGGACAAAGCCCGCAUGGCCCGCCACGUUCUAGACAACUCGGGCGAGUGGAGCAUCACCAAACGCCAGGUCAUCCUUCUGCACGCCGAGCUGGAGCGCUCCCUAGAGUACCUGCCCCUGAGGCUCGGGGUCCUCACCGGCCUGGCCGGCAUUGUUAGCCUCCUCUACUUGCUCACCGCUACUCUGCUUCCCUAGCUGGGCA